ACCAACGGCUCGGGCGGGUGCGGCCACGGCACCCCGGUCCCCAACUGCAGCGUCGCCAAGGCGCUCGGCUUCAGCGACUGCGUCGCUGGCGGUACCAGCGACACCACCGACCCCGCCGUGCAGGCCGCGGCGGCGUUCGUCUCCAAGCUCGAUAACAUCCCGUUCACCCCGGCCAACUAG